CUGAACAGAAAGGCUUUAUGUACAUACAUAUACUCGCAAUAGUUACUGUAAUCACCAUCGCCCACCAAAAGUUAUCUCCCCUGUGAAACCAGUCAAUGCCUUCUCCCUCCAAGAACACCCUUUCGAACGGCAACCCACCACUCACUUCGCCUGUCGAGUACUGUCUCUAGCUUCAACCAGGGACCGAGACCUAGAUCCAUAUCGACAACGAUCAUGUCCAGCUUCUCUUCUUCCCCACGCAUAAACAUGACCACCUCCCCGUCUUCCUCCAGUUAUAUGUUCGCCUCUCAAAUCCACCACGAUUCCUCCGAGGAGGAUGUAGCCUCCCUUCCGUCCUCGUCCGCGUCAGAUUCAUCACUGGCAGACCAUUUAUCCAUGUAUGACGAUGAAGAUGAAGACGAAUCCGACGCAGAAGCGGAAUGGCGGGAAAGCAUGCGGCAACUAGAGCUCCUGGUGACAAUGGUGAUAGUACCGUUUGCGGGGAAGUUUUUGGGGCGGAAGUGUGCCUAUUGGGGGUGGGCGAAAUUUAUGGAAUGGAAAUACCCCUUUGAAGAUACCAUACGAAAUAAAGGGGAUUCUCGAAACGUCAGGCCACUCAAAAUCGCUGCUGCAUUGUGA